AUAAUCUAUUAUAAUUGAAAAUUCAACAAAUAGUGAGUUGAAACAAACCAAUAAAUAAAAUGGUUAAUAACGAGUCAGCAACUGAUUUGUUAAAAUUUAGGAUAAUUUACGAUAAGAAAAGUUUUGAAUUGAGUCUACAAUCAAACACAACGGUAACACAACUGAAGAAUGAGAUCCAACGGUUGACUCAAAUAGCACCCGAUAUGCAGAAACUCAUACUUAAAGGAAAGGCAAUCCAUAAAAAUGCUGAUACGUUGGCUACCGUUGGCGUCAAAAAUAACGAUAAAAUACUUGUUGUCGGCACCACUUUGUAUGACAUCUCCGCUGCUUUAAAGCCUGAUAUUGACGUCAAUAAUGACAAAGAGAUCACAAAUGGUCAGAGAUUUUGCAAUCAAAACAAACACAAGAAAAUUGUCGACAAAGGAAAGCCUAAGAAUGUUAUGAUUGGAUAUAAAAAUGGAAACGAAGAGUUGCCCAUCAAUGGCAUUGAAGGACUGGUCGACAAAAUGGAGAAAACCUGUCGCCUGAGCUUCAAACUAGAGAGCGACCAGUUCUGCAUCCAUUACAAUGCAAACUCUUAUCAACACAAUAUCACUGAUGUCGUACACAUUGAGGAUCAGACUAUCGAUGGUCACGAAGAGUAUUGCAUAUUAUGUAUUGAACUAAAACACCGGAAAAUCAUUUGGCUUUAUUGGGUUCCGCAUCAGUAUAUCAAAGCCAUUAGAAAAACUUUCAAUUAAUUUAGCAAUAAUUGUGCAAAUGUUAGUAACUAUUUAUUUAUACUAUUUUCUAGUAUUUCUAUUAAAAAAAAUAAUUUGUGUAAUUUAAAAUAUCACAAUUUUAGC